AUGGAGCACAAAGUACUUGAUCCUGAGACACGCGUCUAUCAAGCAUAUUCUUUCCUAAGAAACUUUAAAGCUGGGAUUUCUCGAUUCUCUAAAAACGUGACCAGAUCUUUGAAAUCGAUUUUUUCCUCCUCCAUAUCUCGCGGCCUUAAUAAGGUUGUCCCAUUGAAUGCUGCUAAUCAGCAAACAGGGAUAUCCUCAGAGCAGAUUUUCUUUAGCGAAGAUAGGCAUUCUCAUGAUCUAAAAUCGCCGCCUACUGAACAGGGAGAAACUCCUGUUCAGAUACCCUUGGAUGAUGCCAAGUCUUGUGCAUCUAUCAUCCCAGAAUUAUCGUCAAAUAAUUUAUCUAUAGACGAAAAACACAUUGAGAUACACAAAGAUGGUAUCAUAAUUGAGGAAUCACCGCCAUCUUCUAUUCGUGGACGGGAUCCUUUAUCUGUCCCAAUGGAGUCUGGAAUUCGGUUAAAAACAAACAGGAAAUGCCUCGUGCUAGAUUUGGACGAGACGCUUAUUCACUCCUCAUUCAAUAUACCAACAGUCAAAACUGAUUUCAUCCUCAAACUGGACCUCUCUUCUUCCGACCAGCAGUCUCUAGUGACCGAUGUGGUCUAUGUGUCCAAGCGACCGGGUUUGGAUGGAUUUCUAGAGGAAAUCUCCAAGCACUUCGAGGUGGUCGUCUUUACUGCGUCACUCCCAUCAUAUGCUAAUCCGGUGAUUGACCGAAUAGAUCCUGAGGGCAAGUAUAUCCAUCAUAGGCUGUUCAGGCACUCUUGUAUUUUCGUUUGCGGGCAUUUUAUUAAGGAUUUGACCAUAUUUGGAAAGCCGCUCCAUGAUAUUAUCAUUGUGGAUAAUUCCCCAAUAUCCUAUAUGCUACAACCACAAAAUGCAAUAGCAAUACCUACAUGGUUUUCUGAUCCACAUGACAGAUACCUGUCUCUUCUUUGCCCAGAGCUCAUAAAGGCAUCUACUGCCGAAAUGCCGAUAAGUUCGCUUUCAGAUGUCAAUUCUAUUUUACAAGAGGAAGCGAUGAACAAAGGUGUUUCGAUCUCGUCGCCCUCUGCAAUCCAUGGAAAUUUUGCGGCAAUUUUGGAGAUGCUCUCGUCCCCUUUUUCCUUUCCACAAACAGUCGAGAAAUUUUGA